CCUGAGUGAGUGACCAGUCCACCUCAGCAGACGAAGGCGCCAUGGCGAGCUGGGGAGGCGCUGUCCGCUCGGGGUUUGGCCUCUCCAUCCUCACUCUAGUCUUCCUCGCUGUGCUACCCGCCGCUGGAGGCAUUAAGGAGUCCCACACGCUCAAGUUCAAUAACCUGAUGGGACCUACACUCAGGGUUCUGUACUGUUACUCGUGAGGUUACAAGAAGGUUUUUGAGCAGUAUGCCAACAUCCUGCGAGAAAAAUAUCCUGAAAUCUCCAUCUUGGGGGACAACUACCCUCCACCUGAUUGGAAGAUGUGGAUGGCGCAGAUGCUUGGAGCUGCCAAACUCCUCUUCAUAGUAAUGAUAAUUGCCGGGAUUAACAUGUGGGAGUGGCUUGGGCAGGAAACUCCCUCCUGGUGGACAUGGUUCGUCAACAACAAGAUCUAUGCCUGCAUGAUGGUCUUCUUCCUCUGUAAUGCCAUUGAGGGGCAGCUCAUUUCUACAGGUGCAUUUGAGAUCUCCUUUAAUGAUGUUCCUGUUUGGUCAAAGCUGGAGACAGGCCGCAUACCUCAGCCACCAGAGCUCUUUCAGAUUAUUGACAACCACGUGCGCUUCAAUCAAAACUCAAACACGUGGAGUGAAAGCAUCUAACCUUAAGCCUGGAUAUAGUUCAUCUGCAGUGUCUGUGAUGUGUGGCCAUGUUGGAUAACAGUUUGAUAUGAAGAUGUUAAGUCUUCGUGAAAAUUGGAAUGGAACUGUUCCCAGCAUUUUUAAGAACAGUCAAGAAGAUCCAGAGUACAACAAAUACAUGUAAAUUUGGUUUCCUGCAUGCCUUUUAUCUGACCUGUGUAUUGUUUUUGAUUAUGAAGGCCACUGUGGAAAGCAUUUGUAUGUUGACUUUGGCUGGAAAUUGCAUUGAGAAAACGUCAUACAGUGAAAAAGGCAUGCAGGAAACCUGAUGCUAAUUUUCAGACAGCUUUGCAUAUGUACUUCUCUAUAAGUAUUAUCAAACAGUAGUUUGGUAAUAAUGCUGGCUAGUAGUUGGCUGUAAUGUAAGCCAGGAUAUAUAUUUUUGGAGAUCACUCCAGUCCAUUUUUUUUCUUCUGAUUAUUCAGAGGAAUGCAAAUGAUUAUCAUCAGUAUCUUAGAAUUUGGGCCAAGAAUUUGGGCCAACUAAAGAUGAAAUUAUUCCUGUAUAUGUUUAGUUAUUAUAAUAGUGGAUAUCUUUUAACUCAUUUAAUUUGUGACCACAUUGAGAUUGUAAGUUUGGAUGUUGAUUAGAAUAUGCAGAUGACUGGAGCUGUUAUUGUAAGAACAAGGAAACCUUUGUACAAGGGUUUCAUUAGUCACUGAAAUCUACGUAUAGCUAAGCUGACAUCCCUUGAAAAAGUGGAUAACCAAGAAAAGACCCAACAGUCAUACAUUGUAGUAGAAGACAGUUAAGUAAUGAAAUCAUGGAGUACAACUCACCAAACCUGGAAGUACCACUGAACACUGAAACAAAUAUUGUGAAUGUGUACAGGAGUGGUUCUUCCAGAUUAAUGGAGAAGGCGCUUCAUGAAACGAAUAUUUAUACAUGAAAGUGAAACUUGUGAACUUAGAAGGUUAUAUGUUGUAUGUAAAAGUUUUUAAACCUCAUCUGUUUACCAGUCAUAGGGAAAGGGUGAACCAUUUCUGGUCUCAUGGCUAGCACACUCAGACUGGAUUGCCAACCUUCUGCUCCUGCUGGGAAGCAAGGUCACAACUUCAUUUUACAUAUCCUGUUCACUAAUGUGAACAUGGGCAAUAGUAUGAAGGAGAGCAAAUUUCUUUGCCCAAUGCAAGAUUCAAACCCAGCACCUUUCACAUAUGAGUGUGCUACUCUGCCUCCAUCUUUAAUGGAGACCUAUCCACUUUCAAUGCCUCUUAAAUGACAAUUUUUUCAUUGUUGCAGCUCUCCUUUUGCAUCUAUAAUUGGUUUAAUAUUUAGGAGGGUGUUAAAGCAGCGUUUGAGACAGUGCCUGUAUGACUGGUGUCUGUGGGUGGCUACAUUUUAUCCCAUUUAAGUCUCAAGGAGACAACAGUAUGUCUGCCCUCACACUGCAUAGAAGUAAAAGACAUUCCCUACAACUAUCACUGAUGUAUAUCCAUUUUCAAAAUAGUUGUGUACUUCCUAUUUGAUUUUGUUUUUUGUUGUAAUUACCCAAGUUUUUAUCUGAAAGUAUGAAACCAGUCCUUUUGUAAAUCAAGAAUAAAAUUUUAGUCAAACAGAAGUAAUGUAAUUUGUCAUACCAUUUAGUUUUAUAUCUGAGAUUAUUUAUGUAUGUUUCCAUGUGUAACUGUAACUGUCACACCACCAACUCCUUUUCCUUCACUAUGUAUGUAUACACUCCCGGACGUAAUAAUACAAGUUAACAGGAAAAUGUGCCAAGGUCAAGAAAAUUAGGAGUAUGUGGAAGUUAAUGGUAAAAUGUGAAAGGCCACUUUAUAAAUUAAAGUUACUCAAAAUGCUAAAUGUAUAAGGACCAAGUAAAUUUAUUGCCCUGCAUUAAAGGGUAAACCCCUGUAAACACACAGACUUGCUUUGAGGAGCUAACCACUGGAUUUUUUGUACCCAUGUUUUCAUGAGGUUCCUUGUUUAAAAGUUUAUAUUUGUUUGUUGGAGUAGCCUUUCCUGUUUCCUUAUUGGAUACAUAUUAAAUAUACUUUAUAACAA